GUUUGGUGUAAAUCUGGGGGUGUAAUGUUAUCAUAUAUCACGCUACCUCGUAAAACCGACACUGAAAGCUGCCGGACAACAAAUCACAGGUCAAAAUUAUGAGUUCUUCGUAUUAUGUGAACGCGCUUUUUAGCAAAUAUACGGCGGGGGCUUCUCUGUUCCAAAAUGCCGAGCCGACUUCUUGCUCCUUUGCGCCCAACUCGCAGAGAAGCGGCUACGGGGCGGGCGCCGGCGCCUUCACCUCAUCCGUGCCGGGCUUGUACAAUGUCAACAGCCCCCUCUAUCAGAAUCCCUUCGCGUCUGGCUAUGGCCUGGGCGCCGACGCCUACGGCAACCUGCCCUGCGCCUCCUACGACCAAAACAUCCCCGGGCUCUGCAGUGACCUCGCCAAAGGCGCCUGCGACAAGGCGGACGAGGGCGCGCUGCACGGCCCGGCCGAGGCCAAUUUCCGCAUCUACCCCUGGAUGCGAUCUUCAGGGCCAGACAGGAAGCGGGGCCGCCAGACCUACACGCGCUACCAGACGCUGGAGCUGGAGAAGGAAUUCCACUUCAACCGCUACCUGACGCGGCGGCGCCGCAUAGAGAUCGCCCACGCGCUCUGCCUCACCGAGCGCCAGAUCAAGAUCUGGUUCCAAAACCGCCGUAUGAAGUGGAAGAAAGAGCAUAAAGACGAGGGGCCCACCACUGUCGCAGCCCCCGAGGGCGCUGUGCCCGCUGCCGCCACCGCCGCUGACGCCGCCACUGCCGCCGCUGACAAGGCCGACGACGAGGACGAGGAGGAGGAGGACGAAGAUGAGGAGGAAGAAUGAAGGGCCAAGGCAGGGCCCUGGCUGCA